GCUCGUUUGGCGCGCGCGCCGUAAGGCGCGAUUCUCAGCGAGGGUGUUGGGUUUUCUCUCAUUUCUCCUUGGUUUUUUACUUUUUCCGGACGCUGGCAUCUCGGAUUUUUGAGAUGCCGUCUUCUUUGUUGGGCUUGGCGAUGCCAGCCUCCACGUCGGCCGCAGCCCUGCAGGAAACGCUGGAAAAUGCGGGGAGGCUCAUCGACCGUCAGUUGCAAGAAGACCGCAUGUACCCGGACCUUUCCGAGCUGCUCAUGGUGCCUGCCCCAAGUGAAUAAUCCCACUGUGUCUGGCAUGUCAGAUAUGGAUUAUCCUCUACAAGGACCUGGGUUGCUGUCAGUACCCAACCUUCCAGAGAUCAGUUCCAUCCGAAGAGUUCCUCUCCCACCUGAACUUGUUGAACAGUUUGGACAUAUGCAAUGUAACUGCAUGAUGGGCGUGUUCCCUCCUAUCAACAGAGCUUGGCUCACAAUUGACAGUGACAUAUUUAUGUGGAACUAUGAAGAUGGAGGAGACCUUGCCUAUUUUGAUGGGCUUAGUGAGACCAUUCUUGCUGUGGGACUUGUGAAACCAAAACCUGGCAUCUUUCAACCUCACGUACGACACCUCCUGGUUUUGGCAACCCCUGUGGAUAUAGUGAUUCUUGGACUCAGCUAUGCUAAUUUGCAAACAGGUUCUGGAGUUCUUAACGACAGUAUUUGUGGAGGAAUGCAGUUGCUUCCAGAUCCUCUGUAUUCUCUUCCCACUGAUAAUACUUACCUUUUAGCAAUAACUUCCACCGAUAAUGGCAGAAUUUUCUUGGCUGGAAAGGAUGGCUGUUUAUAUGAAGUAGCAUACCAAGCAGAAGCAGGUUGGUUUAGCCAAAGAUGUAGGAAAAUAAACCACUCAAAGAGCUCACUUUCUUUUCUUGUUCCUUCAUUGCUACAAUUCACAUUCUCGGAAGAUGAUCCUGUUGUUCAAAUUGCAAUUGAUAAUUCUAGAAACAUUUUAUAUACACGAUCUGAGAAAGGAGUAAUACAGGUUUACGAUUUGGGCCACGAUGGACAAGGAAUGAGCAGAGUUGCCUCUGUGUCACAGAAUUCUAUUGUCUCUGCUGCUGGAAACAUUGCUAGGACUAUAGAUCGUUCUGUUUUUAAACCAAUAGUUCAAAUAGCAGUGAUUGAAAAUUCUGAAUCACUGGACUGUCAGUUAUUGGCUGUCACACAUGCAGGUAUAAGGUUAUAUUUCAGCACUUGUCCAUUCAGGCAGCCAUUAGCAAGACCUAAUACAUUAACACUGGUUCACGUCCGCUUACCUCCUGGAUUCUCAGCAUCUUCAACAGUGGAAAAGCCUUCAAAAGUACAUAAAGCUUUUUACAGUAAAGGUAUUCUACUGAUGGCAGCUUCGGAAAACGAAGAUAAUGACAUUUUGUGGUGUGUCAACCAUGAUACAUUUCCUUUCCAAAAGCCAAUGAUGGAAACCCAGAUGACAACCCGUGUUGAUGGUCAUUCCUGGGCUCUUUCCGCAAUAGAUGAAUUGAAAGUAGAUAAAAUAAUUACACCCUUAAAUAAGGAUCGUAUUCCAAUAACUGACUCACCAGUUGUUGUACAGCAGCACAUGUUACCUCCCAAGAAAUUUGUUCUCCUUUCAGCACAGGGGAGUCUCAUGUUUCAUAAACUUAGACCUGUGGAUCAACUGAGACAUCUACUUGUGAGUAAUGUGGGUGGAGAUGGAGAAGAGAUUGAAAGAUUCUUUAAAUUACAUCAGGAAGAUCAGGCUUGUGCAACUUGCCUUAUCCUUGCUUGUUCCACUGCUGCCUGUGAUAGAGAAGUAUCUGCUUGGGCUACUCGGGCUUUCUUCAGGUAUGGAGGUGAAGCUCAGAUGAGAUUUCCAACUGCACUCCCUGCCCCGAGCAAUGUCGGUCCCAUCUUGGGGUCUCCUGUCUAUGCUAGUUCUCCUCUUCCUAGUGGUAGUUCAUAUCCAAAUCCAUCCUUUUUGGGAACACCAUCUCAAGGUGUACAUCCUCCGGUCAUGUCAACUCCAAUGUCUGCUUCAGGAAAUCCAGCACUUCAGGCCACAAGUAUGAGUUGUAUGGCUGGGCCAGAGAUUGUAUACUCUGGAAAACACAACGGUAUAUGCAUUUACUUUUCACGAAUCAUGGGAAAUAUCUGGGAUGCUAGUUUAGUUGUGGAAAGAGUAUUCAAGAGUGGCAACAGAGAGAUCACUGCAAUUGAAAGCAGUGUUCCCUCCCAGCUGCUGGAGUCAGUACUACAAGACCUAAAAGGCUUGCAAGAAUUUCUAGAUAGAAAUUCCCAAUUCACAGGAGGACCACUAGGAAAUCCAAAUACUCCUGCCAAACUACAGCAGAGGCUGAUAGGAUUCAUGCGUCCUGAAAAUGCAAAUACCCAGCAAAUGCAGCAGGAGCUGCAGAGGAAAUUUCAUGAGGCUCAACUGAGUGAAAAGGUUUCACUUCAGGCAAUUCAACAGCUGGUUCGAAAAUCAUACCAAGCUCUGGCUUUAUGGAAACUCCUCUGUGAACAUCAGUUCACUGUCAUUGUAGGAGAGCUUCAGAAGGAAUUUCAAGAGCAGUUGAAAAUCACCACCUUUAAAGAUCUGGUAAUCCGGGACAAAGAACUGACUGGGGCAUUAAUUGCUUCUCUGAUUAACUGCUACAUCAGAGAUAAUGCUGCUGUUGAUGGCAUUAGUUUACACUUACAGGAUAUCUGCCCACUUCUGUAUAGCACUGAUGAUGCAGUUUGUUCUAAGGCAAAUGAGCUUCUCCAACGUUCCCGUCAAGUUCAAAAUAAGAUCGAAAAGGAAAGAAUGUUAAGGGAAUCACUAAAGGAGUAUCAAAAAAUCAGCCAUCAAGUUGACCUUUCUAAUGUUUGUGCUCAGUAUAGACAAGUGCGGUUUUAUGAGGGUGUGGUGGAGCUCUCUCUUACUGCUGCAGAGAAAAAAGAUCUUCAGGGUCUUGGGCUUCAUUUCUAUAAACAUGGAGAACCAGAAGAAGACAUUGUGGGACUUCAGGCUUUCCAAGACAGGUGAGUUUUAUUGCCCUAGCAGACUGUUGAUUUGAUGGAUACAGACUUUUCUUUGUGUCAAGUUUGAUU